UCUGUCCCCACCGCCGACUGCCGAGUCUAACACGUCGCGGGUGGAGGAAGGUGCGGGGCACGCAUCGCGAUGAUACGUAUGAUGGAUUUAGAGAUCCGUAGACAAUAUUAAGGCUAUUAUUAAUUAUUCUUAGUUUUAUUAUAUGUGUUUAUAUUUGAUUAUAUUGAGUUUUAUAAAACUACGUUACACCUGUUCCUCAGUUGAGGAAAGUUCGCGCCAGUGGCCGGAGGUGGCCCUGGUUUUGAAGACUGCUUCUUAGCAGUCUUCGUUGUUGAGGGACGAGGGGCGCGGGGACAUCCGCGGUAGUUCGCGGGAUGUCCUUCCUGCCCACAAAGGACGCAAGCGGGAGGAGUCUCCGCAUCGCGGGUGCGUUUGCACUCCUUGGUUGUGUGAGGCUCUAGGCACUUGACGCACCUAGGCGGGGCUGAGCAGUUUGCAGCUGCGUGGCCAAGCUGGCAGCGAUGGCACUGCCCUGGGAAGUCCCGUCUGUGUGGAGCUUCUACUCGGAUGUUUGAGAGCCCACAUACGAUGAGCUCUCUCUUGAAAAUUUCCCUCGACUCGGGGACAUUGGUUAGGAUAACCAGAGCCAGAGGGUAUUUCUUGCCGGAUCGGCUGUACAUUUUGUGUACAACCUCGGCCUUGAACCCUUGCAUGGUCAGGUCCUCCAGGAUGACCUCACUGGGAAGCUCAUAAGGGACGCCACGUAGAAUGGCUUUCACUUUGCGCUUUUCCGGGAGCGCAUAAGUGUGGUAUGCGACACUCUUAUGAGUGAGGACUCGGAAGUCCUCCGUAGUCGGGACGACUACGCGGAUAGCUUCACCCGUGUUGGUAGCUCGGGUGUAUUGCACCUUUUUGUCGGCGCAGAGCUGUGCAACAUAAGUCCACUUUGUCUCGGAUGAAGAUAGGCGGUGGGGGCUUAUUUGCAGGGAGGACAGGCGUGCAGCGCAUGGCUGGCUUCAUAGAUGAGGUGAUAGAGACCUCGGGCAAGCUAAUGUCGAGAGACAUUAGAGGGACAGGGGUUGGGGCGGAGAGUACGUUAUCCGUGGAGGUGGCUGAGCGCUUGGACUGGCGCUUCUUCCUGGAUUGAACCAGUUGGAAAGGUUCUCCAGAGGGACGUCGGGGGGUGUUGACAACGGAGCCAGUGACAGUUUCGUUGUCAGAGUCCUCAGAGGAGGACUGGACUGGCCGCUUUCGGCCGCAGGAGGCGGAGUCGGAGAACUCCAUGUCCUCGGGAGUAGUUUUGUGAGCGGAGGGCUCAUCGGGGGACGUGGGGGAGUCAGCAGGGGGCCAACUUGGAGUGUUGAAUACGGAGGAGAGGCUAUCGACUAGUGACUGGUCGAAAUGGAGAUUUGCGGCUUUAAGCAAAGCCACAAUCUGGACUACAACGGCGUUGACAUGGUCCGCUGAUGGAGCCAUGCUGAUGAAGCCUCCCCGCCGAGGGCAGGGAGCAACGGGGGUUGGAAGUGGCGCGGCUAUCCCUAAUGGUUAUAGCCGCGAACCGUCACCCUUGGGAAAGCCCAAGUGCAAUGGGAUCGGGUCGUCCGGUUUCUCUCAGGUCAGGAGGCGUGAGAAACGCACCGGGUCAACGUUAGCCGAGUUAGUUGUCACCGUUAGGUAUCCUUCAGCUCAACCGCGAUGACACGCAACUCACUUACUACAAUAAAAAUUGCUGUAAACAAGCUUGCGGGCCGGAACGAAUUCCACGUAACCAGUCGAACUUGGCGUAGUAUACUUCGUACCACACGUAGCGGAGCUGCGUAGCGUAGCAACUGGCGUAGCUUGGCGGCGUAGCGGGGCGUGAGCACAGGAGCCCUAUUACGAAAAUCGAAAUACGAAGUUUAGGUUGACGGAUCGUACAUUUUCCUAUUACGAAAGUGUUUCGAAUCCGAUGAUCGAAACGAAGUUCGUGAUUAGACAUUUUGUCUUUCGUUUACCUUAUUCCCAAAUUCACUUGACAUUUACGUUUUCGUUGUUGGACAUUGUUAUGAUCGUAACAACAACGUCACUUUUUACGACAGACAUAUAGGUUUCGUUUUAGAUAAAAUAUAUUUAUUUUACUAUAAAAUGGCACGUUUAUUAAUAUACGAAGAGGUCUUUUUAAACGAAGAAAACCUUGAAAGAGCAAGAGAGCGACGUCGUCUUCGGCAAUAUUUAUUUAAUAAACAAAUUCCCGAUGGGCAAUUUGUUUUAAAUUAUCGCCUUAAUCGUAGUUUAUAUGAAAAACUGUGUGAAGAGAUCAUACCACUAAUGCCUCCUAAUAAAAAUACGAGAGGGAUUGAUCCCUCAAUCAAGAUCCUUACUGCCCUUGCAUUUUAUGGGAGAGGGAGCUAUCAGGGAGUAGUGGGAAUAUAUGUCCUAAAUAUGGAUGGCCCUAUGGCACAGCCAACUGUGUCAAAGUGCCUCAAACAAGUAACCGAGGCACUUAAUAGUUCAUCCAUAUUAAGGACAUAUAUUAAAUUUCCCCAAAACAGACAGGAACGAAAUUUUAUAAAAGAAAGUUUUUAUGAAAAAUAUGGGUUUCCUGGCAUAUGUGGGUGCAUUGACUGUAGUCAUAUAGCUAUUGUGAGGCCACAAGAAAAUGAAGAGCGUUUUUUUAAUAGAAAACAUUUUCACUCCAUUAAUUGUCAAGUGAUAUGUGAUGCAAAUUGCAAUAUAAUUAGUUUAGAUGCCUCAUAUGGUGGAGCUACUCAUGACUCAUUUAUUUGGCAGAAUAGUGAAAUUUGUGACCACCUGAAGAGUCUCACUAAUACCACAGAUGAGACCGCUAUACUACUUGGUGACUCCGGCUAUCCUCUAAGGAGAUAUCUGAUGACCCCAAUUGAUGGAGCUCCAGAUGACUCUCCAGAAGGACACUAUAAUGCCAAACAUAAAAGAGUAAGAUCCACUAUAGAGCGCACUUUUGGGCAACUAAAAGGUCGAUGGAGAUGUCUUUUGGCAGCGCGGCAACUCCAUUACAAGCCAGAAAUGGCCGCAAAGAUAACAAUCGCAUGUUGUGUUUUACAUAACAUGUGUGUUCAGUCGGGGUUAGAUCCUGUAGAAUUAACACAGGACGAACUUCAUGUAGAAGCGGAAAGGCAAAGAAGGGUGAAUCAACAUGUUACUGGGCCACCAUUAGAGCAGGGGCAGCGCACACGAAAUGAGCUAAUACAAUUACUCAACAGAAAUUUAAGAUAAAGACAGAGGUUUUUGUACAUAUAUAUAUUUAAAUAUAAAAGGGACUAAAGUUUUUCAAAUAUAUUUUUCAAAUUAUUAUUCAAUUCUUUUAAUUCCUCCAGGAUGCCUGCUAGGAUAUCCCUUUUAUCUACUUCAAGGCGAAGGAUUUGUUGCUUUAUGUCGGGCUGUGACACACGUACCCGUCUGCGUGGCCGCCUUGAUGCUGUAAAAUUUUGGUAGAAAAUAAAUAACUUAACUACAUAUUAA